AUGAAGAAAAAUAAACUACUUGGAGGAAAUUGGAAGAUGAACCCAUCACUAAAGACCUUAGAGAUAGCCAAGAACUUCCGGCAGAACUUCUUUUCAGGUAACGAUACAUUUAUUGCCGUACCUUUUCCUUAUAUUUAUUUUGCAAAGAAAAUGUUUCCUGAAUAUAUAAAGGUUGGAGCACAAGAUUGUAGUCAGUUUGAGGGAGGCCCAUAUACGGGGGAAGUCUCUGCUUCAAUGAUAAAAGAAAUGGGAGCUGAAUAUGUAAUAAUUGGACACUCCGAGAGACGUAGAUGGUUUGGAGAGACAUCUGAAGUUAUAGCAAAGAAGAUCAGAAAUGCCCGAAGCCAAGGACUGAAAGUUAUUCUAUGCAUAGGAGAGGAAGAAAAGUGCAGAAAACAAGGAAAAUAUUUGGAUGUGAUAAAAGAUCAACUCCUUUCGUUAGGAGAGGAUGUCAAGGGAGAUGGAAUUGAUAUUGCAUAUGAACCUGUAUGGGCCAUAGGAACAGGGAAAAUUCCUACAAAUGACCAAAUUAGGGAAGUAGUUUCCAAUGUUAAGAAGUGGGGAGAAAGCGUGGGUUUCGAAGGGCGUGUAAUAUAUGGAGGUUCGGUUUCAAUGUUGAAUUGCCAGUCCGUUCUUGAUGUUGAGGAGGUCGAUGGGUUUUUGGUUGGGGGAACUUCAUUGAAGAUGGACUUCUGCAUGAUAUCUAGCGAAAUGGGUACAAAAAGAUGA